UAUGUGGAUAUGGGUAAAGGGCUGACCAGGGACGUUUAGUAUAUGUGAACAUAUUUGCAUUUCCAGGGUCAGGCAUUUCUCACUAGCUUGGGUGCUCCUUGAAGCCCCCAGCUCACACGCUGACUGAUAUGCAGAAGGCCAUUGACAUGCUGCAGUAAAGACCUGUCUCUCCACACUCAAGAAAACCAUAUAGCUUUUUCUAUAGCCGUAGAUUAACUUGGGAUAUCUUUAGUAUGAAUGUAAUACAUAUAUGCUAGAAAGAACGUGAUUUUUUUAUUUUAUCUUUCAAACUUAGAGGGCAAUCAUUUCAUGAAAAUCAUGGUUUCAGCUAAGGAUACAUAUGACAAUCUGAAGUAUAGUGUAACAUGGCUGCUUGUGGGUUCAUUGCUCAGUGUACAAUUCAUUCAGAUUCAUGGACAGGAGGGUUCAGGAGACCAUUCAGGUGACAAUGACUUCCAGGAAGAGAUCUAUUCAGAAUAUGAAAGAGGUCCUCAUAGUAGAUACCCUUCGGUAGAUGAUUAUUUAAUUACUGCAACAGAUGUUCCAUCUAAUGAAGUUACGUUUUCUGGCUACUAUCCGGAUACUCAGCUUGUAACAGACGAAUCAGAUCCUUAUCCUUCUCCUACAGAGUCAUAUUUUGCAGCAAGAGAUGUUACUACAAUUACAACAAGGCUUCCAUACUACCGCCAGACUACACCAAAGGAUAAUGAAAAUAUUAUCUCAGCACCUGAUGUUUCCUACCAGGAUGAAGCUACAAAUUUGAUCGAAGAAUUUCGAGUGGGCAGCAUAUCUGGAGUUCGGUUGAUAACAGGAACACUAAACAAUCUGAAGGCAUAUCAGUUUGGGACAAGAGCUCAUGUAACAAGGCAGUCAAGGUUGUUAUUCCCAUAUGGUGUGCCCCAAGAGUUCACCCUGACCUCCACCGUUAGAAUGAAGGAUAGGACAUCUGAAGAUGUGUGGAACCUGUUUGGCAUGGAGUCUAGGAAUGGACUUGAGCAGUUUAGGCUUCGGCUGUAUGGGGAAAUGAAUGCAGUAGAUGUGUACAAUGCAGCUGCAGCUGGACGGGAUAAAGUAACAACAUUUGAGAAUGUGGAGAAGCUGUUCGAUGGCAAAUGGCACAAGCUGUCUUUGAGUGUUCGAAGAGAUCAGGUCACUUUGUAUGUGGACUGUCAGCAAGUUGGAUCUUCUCCUGUGAACCUGCUUGGUUCCCUAAAAACAGAUGGAAUCAGUACCCUGGCUCGCAGGAUAAAGGAUGAUGCCACAGCUAAUGUUGACAUCCAGCAACUUGAACUUUCAGCAGAUGCAGGAAGGGCCAGUGAAACCUUAUGUUGUGAAUUGGCUGAUGUGAAAGAUGAGCGGUGUGCAGAUUUGGGUGAGAAUGCCAUAGCAACCAGUUGCAACUGUCUGCCAGGUGAAUUAGGAUUUCCCGGAUUUCCUGGUUCCAAGGGAGAAAGGGGUGACCAAGGCCCAACAGGCUAUACAGGAAUCUUUGGCCGACAAGGAGAUAAAGGAUCUAGAGGGGCAACCGGAAGAAGAGGAGAUACAGGGCCUAGAGGGGACCCAGGUCUUGAUGGCGAUGAAGGUCCUUCUGGCUACACAGGAGACAUCGGUUUCAUUGGCAUUCCUGGAGAAAAAGGUGUACAAGGCAUACUAGGAGGAAAGGGUGGACCUGGUCUUACAGGACCACAAGGAGAGUCUGGGGAGAAAGGGGAUCAGGGCGACAUUGGCAAGAUUGGCGCUGAUGGCAUUGCUGGAACUCUUGGUGAAAAGGGAUCGCGUGGGAAACAAGGAAAUCAAGGACCUGAGGGACUAAUAGGACAAAAGGGGGAUAAAGGUGGGCCAGGAUUUUCAGGAAGCCAAGGAGAAAGGGGAUAUUUGGGUUACCUUGGAGUUCUAGGAGAUCCAGGAGAGUCGGGAAUAAAGGGUAUAAUAGGAUUGUCUGGUAUUCCCGGUGUUCGAGGUCGUUAUGGAAAAGAUGGUGUCCUUGGUGUACGUGGCAAGGAAGGAGAUAUUGGACUUUUUGGAUCAAAGGGAGACAAAGGAGAUCGAGGGCCACCAGGUCCACCUGGCUCUGAAGGACUAAUGGGUCCCAAGGGUGCAAGAGGUGAUGCAGGAAUCCCUGGCAAACCUGGCUCACAAGGUCUUCAAGGUCCAAAGGGCUCAAGGGGAGACAUUGGAGAUGAUGGUGUAAAGGGAGAAAAAGGUAAACAAGGUACAAAGGGAAAAACAGCAGCCAAGGGGGAAGUAGGCGACACUGGAGACAAAGGUCAACAAGGCAAACGUGGACGACCUGGACCACCAGGUUCUAUGGGAAGACCAGGUGCUCCUGGUUCACCAGGCCCUAGAGGUACUGUAGGCCCAGUCGGAGAUCGCGGAGAAAAUGGUCCUCUUGGACCUCCUGGACUACCGGGACUGGUGGGACCUGACAUGCCAGAUAAUUUGGUAUAUGAAUUGUGCCGCAAAGUAGUUAUAGAGGCAACAUCAAAUUACGCAGCCAGUAUCAGAGGAAAAUGUACAAGUGCAUGUCCAACAGCCAAUGCAUCAUUAAUUGGACCUCCUGGACCACCAGGGGUAUCUGGUAAAGUUGGAAAAAAGGGGAAAUCAGGGGCUGCAGGAAUUAAUGGAAAACGUGGCCCCCGUGGACCAAUUGGUGUUUCAGGCCAAAAAGGAGCUGAGGGAGACCAAGGUGAAAAGGGUGGAAAAGGUGUAAGAGGAAACCCAGGCACUGGACUGCCAGGCCCAGAUGGCGUUCAAGGACCAGGAGGCUAUCCGGGAUACCCAGGAGUUGCCAAGGAUGGCAUAGCUGGACCCCAAGGUCCUCCUGGUUACACUGGUCCUCAAGGACAGCAGGGGCUUCCAGGCCAAGCAGGUGUUCCAGGAUUUUGUGAAGCCAGGGACUGUGGUAUCAGUGCUCCAUCAAUGCUGGGAGAACAGGGGCUUAGAAAAGUGUUUUGAAUGAAAUACAGAAAGGCUCGGAAGGGGACAAGAUAACUGCAUCAGUUUGUUCUCUCUUUUUGGAGUCACCAAAGGACCUGUAGAUAAAUUAUGUGUGAAGUUCACGAACAUGCAGAUAAAACUUGAUGAUCCUGCAGCCCCAUAAACAGUUCCUGACCAUUCUGUUCAUUUGCUGGUUACAUAAAUUGACCUUGUAUGAUACUUCCACCAUUAUUUGGAAAAGGGAAUAGUAGGGCAUUUCCUUCUACUGGAUACAUUUAGUAACAGAAAGAGAAAGGGCAGCAGUUCAAAUUGCAAAUUCCAUGUCAAAUUAUUUUGUUUGGAUUGGCAUGUUGUAUAAAGUUCUCCAAUAAAGAGCGUUUAAUGAACUUCUUCAUAUUGCAGCUGGAGUUUAGUGGUACUACCCUGCUCUGUAUGUCAAGAAAAUAUUAUUUUUAUUGUAUUAAAACAUUUAUUAAAUUAAUUGUUCCCCACUAAGUAAGGGUAACCCUUA